GCUGCGCACCCUCCUCGUCCGCCUGCUGCUCCUGGCUCGCAAGCGCCUCCUGCCGCUGCUCCGGCGCCUGGGGGCCCGCCUAGGCUCUCGGGAGUCCCGCGAGGCAGUGCUCACCUGCCUGCUCUGCAUCCUCAACCUGCGCAAGAAGGCGGACGACUGAGACCUCGAGCCUCCCCCGGCGCAGGGGGGACAGCGCCGUGCACCUAGCCAGGGAGUGGGAGCGCAGCCUGCCAGCAGAGGAGAGCACCCUGUACCUGCUCUGUCCAGCCCAGGGGACGACAGGGAGCCCACCGAAGCAGGAGGAGAGACCGCAGCAGCCAACCUUGGAGUAGGGGAAGGUCUCUCAACACCCCGUGGGAGACUGGCCUGGCCUCUGGGAGCAGACUCAUCGCUCCUCAUCUCAGCUCUGCAGAGCCACCCCGUUUCCAGCCUUUUCCUGGGAGGAUCAUUUUCAUCAUCUUAGUCUGAAGAUGGGAUCCAUCCUCCCCCUCACCUCCCUUCUUCUCUCCCGCUCUUCAGCUCCUGUUUUCUGACAGCCCCUCUAGAAGGGGAUCCCUUCUCUUGGCCCCCCCAAGGGGCCUGGGAUGGUUAUUUUGUGACUUUCGCCCUUCGGAAGGGUUGGAAGCCCCACAGUUUGGGCCAUUUCAAAGGAGGCUGGACAGAGGCCUGGAGAGUGAUUUGGCCCUGGGCCCUGGGGGACGGACUAGACGGCACCAACCGGGGCUUCUCCAUCUCUGUUUCUGGAGGCGGAGUUCAGCUGAAAUCCUGUGUCAUUUCCUUGCCUCGAGGUUUGCAGGCUGCUGGCUGGAUCCUCUUCUGCCUCUCCUCUCCUUUGGCAGCAGUGGGUGGGGACUUUGGGGUUGUGAUAUCCCCCACAAUCUCCUGGGGACUCCAUAAGUCCGAUGUUUGGAGGAGGAUGUCUGGCAGCAUGGCGAGGAAAAUCCAGCCCUUCACCAUCAGCACAAAGCUCUCCCUGCCCAAGUCCACGGUGGACUUCCCUGGGGACUCCUGCCCUGAUGACACCACGGCUGGCCUGGAUAACCGUACCCUGCGCCAGAACCUCAAUGAGUGUGUCCCCAUGUACUUGACUCAGGCCCAGUCCAGCCCUGUGCCCCCUGGAGGUGGGUUCCAGAGCACCAGCCCAACUGAGGAGGGCAUCACCGAUGAGGACCAGCUCAACCGCAACUCGCUAGCCCGCUCCAUUAAGAAGAUCACGCUAUCUAACUGGCAUGGGGAGCCUGGUCCAGGCAAGGAAGGGGUGUCUAGGGGCCCAGUCCGGACCAGCUGUGAGAGGAAUCACAACAACAACAACAGCAGCAGAACAGGGAAGGCUCAGUUCAAGGUCUUUCUCAGAAAGGAAGUGGAUGUGGAGGAAGAAAAGCAGGGGGCCAGGAGCCUCCAUGGUGGUGAUUUCUGCUCUCCGGUGGACAAAGGUCCUCCCUUCCUUAUGGUUUCAGGAUGCCAUGCACCAGCCCCCUGGAAGGAAAGUGUCAAGAACAAGGAGCCAAGUGGAGUGGCUGGGCUGAAAACUGGCAGCCGAAGCAGUGCAGGACAGGCAAACGUCCCUGACCAGAGCCUUCUCAUAGUCCAGUUGAACCGAGAGAUAAUGCAGGCCGAGAGCUGGGUACGAGGGAAGCUGCAGGAUCUGAAGGAUGGCUGCAAUAUCCAGGACUGGGAACGGGUGGCACAGACCCUGCAAAGAGACAUGAGGGAUUUUGAGAACACACUGAUCAAACUGAACCAGAUGGGUGAGCAGCUCAUGGGCUGGCCCAGCCCCAGUGUGGAGAUUGUCAGGAGGCAGCUGCUGGCCCUGAAGGAGCAGUGGCAGCUGCUGAAGCAGACAGCCGGGAAUCAAAGCAAAGCACUGGGUGGGCUACGGAACCUGCAGGAGUUCAACAGGAGAGCAGAGCGGCUGGAGGCUUGGAUCAGGCAGAAGGAAGAGAAGCCUGUGCUGACUGCCCUUCUGCAAGAGAGCAUGGACAAGAUCCAGCUCACCCGCCGCAUCCUUGACUUAAAACAGGAGGAGCAGCAGUUCCAGGGCCUGCGUGAGGAGAUGAACAGCCUGGCCCAGAAGCUGGAGAAGCACGGCAAGAGUGAGAGCAGGAGCAUCUCCGCCCGGCGCAAGCACCUCAAUAAAAUGUGGCUGCGGCUCCAGGGGACCCUGAAGGAACAUCAUGAGACCCUGCAGCUGGCCCUGGAGGUAGCUGCCUUCCUCCAGCAAGCGGACACGCUCCUCAGAGCCAUCCACGCCAAGUGGAGGAACCUCUGUGGCGUGGGGAAGCAGGGAGACCCCGAGUCCAGCCGGGACCGAGACGUCAGGGAUAUUGCCAGCCAGGUCAUGAUGUUGGAUGUGACUGUGUCCCAGCUCAUCAGCCUCCAUCCCAGCCUGGCAGCACGAGUCCUGCACAAACACCGAGAUGUCAAGGAGAGCUGGGCCCAGCUUCAGCAGGUGCUGAGGAAUGAGACGUCACCAUUGCUGGCCCUGGUGAGCAGUUUGCCGAUGGGAGAGACCGAUGCCCUGAGCCCCGAGCAGACAGAAGCCGGCAGUGGGGGAGUUGCAGGGAGGGAAGCCGGAGACAAGCGGAGGAGGUUCCCAUUAAGUGUGGUGCAGAAGGACUUUGCAGGGAGUGUGACGGAGCGUGUGAGAGGCGAGGAGGGAAGCCCGAGCUUGCCAGGAGAGCAGGCCACCCCUGGCUGCCACAGCAACAGUAAGAGGAGGAGGAAACCCCCAGGACAGUCAGACACUGUGCGGGGCCCACCCCAGCAGGAGGCCCAGCUGCAGGACUUCUGUCAGGCUGCUAAUGCGGCCAUGUCCCGGCUGAGGGAGAACGUGAGUCUCAGCAUCCGGCUGAGCCAGAUGGAGGACGCAGAGAGCCUGGAGGCGGCACAGACCCAGCAGGCUGCGCUGCAGCAGGAGAUCCUGGGCAACAACUCCAGCAUCGAGGCCCUGCGCCUGGAAGGGCAGAAGCUGCUGUGUGGCAGCCAUGGAGGGAGACCUCAGGUGGAAGGUGUCCUCCAGGAGCUGGAAGGGCUGUGGGCAGAGCUGCAGAGGACACACCGGGAGAACGGUGCGGUGCUGAGGGAGAUUGAUAAGGUUCUCCAGUUGGUGGGAGAGCUGGAUGGGGCUGAGCACUGGCUGCAGGGGGUGGCGAGCUCACUGUCGGAGCCAGCCACCAUGAGGAGCCCAGAGGAGCUCCGCAGGGAUCUCCAGGAGAUCAGCUGCUUGGAGAACCAGGUCCUGUUGUGGGGCAUCAAGCUCCAAGGCCUUCGGGAGGAGAUGGGGAGAGAGCCCUCUGCAGAGCAUGUGAUGGCUGGGAAGAUUCAGAGCAAGGUGGAGAUGGUGGAGGAGAAGUUGGGGUGCGUGCAAGCAGACCUGCAGCGGCGGGCGGAGGACCUGCGCGAUUCCCUGGUGCUGUCUGAGUUCCUGCAGAACGUGCAGCAGGAGGAGGUGCUGAGCCAGAGGAACAGCACACUGCCAGGGACCAGCAGGCCGGGCUCCCAGGAGCCUGUGCACCUCCCCUUGGCCCAGGCUGGGCAGCACCUGAGCUGUGAGGACAUGAGCAGUCCCCUGGGUGAGCUGCAGGAGGCUGUGGAGAUGCUGAACGAUGUGGUGAAGGAGCGGGAGCGAGUCAUGGAGGCAGCAGCUGAGACUGAGAGUCUGGAGCGCCUGCUGGCCAGAGUCUCCCCACGUAUGGAGGCCGUUCGAUGCAGGGCAGAGGCUCUGGCCUGCGAUAUCGCCCAGGUGGAGAGUGGCUUUGCCACAGUGAAGAGCGAGCUGGACCUGCAGGGGCUGCAGGGGCUGCUGAGCCAGCAGCAGGAGAUGGAGUUCAACAUGUCCGAGGCACUGGAGGGGGACAUGGAGGAGCUGGAGAAGGCAGUCAUCCACCUGGAAAAGCUCUGCCCAGCUCGGAUGCAUGACAUGGGCCCAGAGAUCCAGGGGACGCUGCAGGCCUGGGAGGAGCUGCGGAAGCUGGUGCUGGAGAACAAGGGCCAUGUGCAGCGGGCUGGUCGGCUGCAGCAGUUCUUCAGGGAUUAUUUGGCCAUGAUCUCCUGGACAGAGGACACAAGGGCUCAGAUCUUUUCGGAGAGCGUGAGUGCUCAUGGGCUCCCGGAGACUCAGUGGGAAGAGCUGGACAGGAAAAUUGAGGCCAAGUUCAAGGAGUUUGAGGAGCUGGCAACCGCAGGGCAGACGCUGGUGUCCGAGGAGCACUACCUGAGUGAGACGAUAAAGGAACGCCUGGAGGAGCUGCAGAGCAUGCUGGGAUGGGUGCUGGUGCGCUGGCGAGCACAGAAACACCACUGGGAUGCUGGGAACAAGAGUGAUGGCAAAAAGGACCAAGACGAUCCCCUGGACUCUGCGCUGAGUGCGUCCCCCAGCUGCCAAGACCCAUGCGCCGAAGCAGAUGGCAUUCUGGGUGCUAACACUUCUAAAGGGCCUCAGCCCACAUUGUGCUCCCUCACCCCACUGCAGGGGCCCGGGACACAGCUCCAGAGUCGAGAGAGAGAAGUGGCCUCUCCUUCCACCCCAUCUAUCCCCGAUCCACUCCAAGGGCUGGAGCAGAGCUGGGAAGAUCCUGGUGACUCCACCCCACUGGAGGUGGAAACCCCCAAGGAGACUCUAGUUCUGGAUCCCUCAGAGACCCCAGUGCUGCUGGUGCCACAGCCUGGGCCUAGCAGCCUGGGCGGGACAGUCAACUUGAUCUUGAGUAUUGGCAAGAAGGGGGAGAAGAAGCUGCAGCUGGUGCAGCCUGGAGUGAUGCCGGGGGAAGAGUCCCUGCACAGGCUCCCUGGCACUAAACCCUCAGGCUGUAAAACCUUUUGGAAGCGUUGCCAGGGGCUUUUAGGAAACACUUUGGGUAGUUUAAAGCGAAAGAAAAAGCCAUCUCGCCGGCCCGUGGAAGAGGUGAGCACCUAUCUGCAUGUGAAAGAGAAAGAGACGGAUCAAGAUGCCACCUGCAGGAGCUCGACCAUGCCACGGCCAGCCAAGCGAGCGCCCACUGUAGCCCAUGCUUCCCUGGUCCCAAGCCCCAGUCCUGAGGCUGCCUUCCACACCCUGCCCAAGAUCAGCUCCAGUUCCCUCCUCAGCAGCCUGAAGAGGAAGGAUCAGGCAAAAGCAGAGGAUGCUAAGCUGUUCAUGCUGCAGGGCAUCAUGGGAGCAGGUCCCAGCAGGCUGCGGCCUUUGCUGGAGGAGAAGCAUAAUCCCAGCAACACUUGGCCUCCCAAGUGCAGCAGUGGGAAGAAGUUGGCAGGGGGGCCUCCGAGCCCCAGGCUCGGGCAGCUGUUGGACCUUGUGAAGAACCCACUGGGGAGGGCCAUUGAGGCAGAAUGUGGCAUUGUCAGGGAGGCACCUGGGGGCCCCAAAGCUGAAUUCCUGAGCCAAGCCUGGGGGUCCAGCAGUUCCCAGCUGGCAGUGGCGAAGAGUGCUUGCCGGCACCUUUCCCUGGGGUCUGUAUUGAGCUUGGAGUUGCCGAAGGACCUGGGUCUCCUUGGUAACGUCCAGGACGCCAUGAAAGUAGCGCAGAAGGAGGUGCCAGGAAGGGAGGAGGUGAGGCAGGACGGUGGGGUGAUUCCGUGGGGCACCAGUGGGGCAGAAAGGGAGGCAAAUGGGGCCAGCCCGCAGAAGGAGACACUGAAGCAGCCGCUGGCCACAUACCAAAGGGAUGCUUUCAGGAAGGCUCCUAAAAGUGAGAGAGGCACCUGGUUCGAAGAGGUGAGCUUCAACCCAAGCUACCGCAGGCCAAAGGCGCACGGCGUUGGUGCCACUCCCUGUGGGGAGGAGCGAUGGACUCCCAGGAGCCAGGGCAGUGGCAGUGAUGAUUUCCUGGACUUCAGACUGAACCGGCUCUCCCGCAUCAGCGUGCUGCACGAGCAGAUUGGGCUCGAGUGGGACAAGCUGGCAGCCACGCUGGGCACAUCCAGCAGUGCGAAGGCUGAGAAGACAGCAGGCUUCAGACCCAGACUCGGAGAAGCAACUAAGGCGGAGCUCAGGCCUUCUCCCACUAAGCACACGAGUGGUCCCAGAGGGGCCCCCAGCACAGCGAAACCAGAGCAUCCCACAGUGAAUGGCAAGCUAAAGGAAGAUCCCCCAGAGCAUUGUCUAGAGCCUGCCCCCUUCCAGGAGGCUGCAGAGGGAAGCCUCAUGGCAUGCUCUGGACAGUGUACAAACCUACCGACCCUGCUAUCUGUGUCUGAGUGCCAGCUUGGUGCCCAGCCGUGUGGUCUGGCGUCAGCAGGGUUAGACUGCCAGGGCCUGGCUCCAGACAGAAGGGCGGCCAUAUCAGGGUUGUCCAAAGGGGCAAAGCUCCCAGGCUCAGCCGAGGUUUGCCACCCCGACCACGAGUUGUUUGAAGAAGAGGAGGAGGAGCUGCAGGCCAUCUGGAGGAACGUGGAGGGGCGCAACAGGCAGAGCGCCUGUGCGAACACUGAUGUCCCCUCCACAUCAGGGAACAAGGCAGACAAGGCACAGAGCCCAGAGGUUUCCAGUGGGAAACUGAUUCUAACAUCAGCGAAUAACAUGCUGGUGGCCAAGUUCACCCUUCCCACCUCCACCCAACUCCUUCAGAGUCCAGACGGGGAAAGAGGCACCAGUGAUGGGCACGGUAGUGAGGGCAGCCCACGCAGGUUCUGGGCGUCCUUCCCCUGUCAAGACGAUCCUUGUGGGGCAAAGGAGUCUGCAUCCAUUGGAUCAGUGGAGAGCACCUGCCCACAGAACCAGCAGACGCAUCAGGAAGAGGACAGAGAUGUUGGCAAGACGCCCCCCAGUAAAGUGGAGUUUCAGAUGAUGGAAGGGACGCUGGAAAGGAAACACAUGUUGCAGACGGGAGGCAGAAAGGCAACCUGUCGCACCUGGAACCUGUUCCAUGCAGUGCUGAUGAGGCAGACACUGUGCUUCUACCAGGACAGGAAGGACACUCUCAAGAGCUCCGUGGUGGCCCUGCCCCUGAACCUCUCGGGAGCACAGUGCACCCAGGAAACUGAGUAUACCAAAAAGACCAACUGCUUCAGGCUACAGCUGCGGGACGGCUCUGAGUAUCUCUUGAAAGCUCCAUCGCAGCUGCUCAUGAACCAGUGGGUCUCCAAACUGCAGCAGAAUUCAGGUUUCCCUGAAGUGGAUUAUUUCCAGGCACUCACGCAGCCUGCUGAAGGAACCAGCUCUGCUAUGGGACCCAGCAAGAUCUCUGGGCCUGGAAGCUCCAGCUCUUCCCACCUGCUGGGACAUCACCAGCCUGUUACAGCCAAGAACCAAGAGAUCACACUGCUGCCCAGAUCAAGUGCCAGGCUGCAGCUGCCUUAUGGGACUCGGGAGGACACACUGGAUUCAGCAGCCUCACAAGCAGGAGAUAAUCACAAAGCCGUCAGCCACACAACAGGGCACAGGCAGUGCCAGUGGUUGCCUUCUGUGUCUCCAAGAUCCCAGGAUAACAGUUACCAGGAGGAGGAGGAUGUGCUGGUGACACACAAGAGGAGGUCCCACUCGUUCACCUCAGCCACUUACCAGAAGAUCACGCCAGUGUCGGUGCCCAAGGAGCCCCUGGAGGCUGGGAGCAGCUACUCCAUCACACUGUACAUCGGGGAGCAGGCGGUGGCGAUGCCCAGGGCUCGCUGUCACUCCUUCGUGGCCAGGCCGGGGAGCCCACGGGAAGGCGCCCCCUCUCGCCACAAGAACAAAUCUGUCUUUAAGAAGUUUUUUGGGAAGAAAGAAUGAGCCCACUGGAUUGGGGGGAUGCAGGUUGCAAGGGGGCUUGAGACUGCCAUUGCUUCCUCCAUGCAGCUCUGUUAGCUCCCACUUGUGUGCCAUCCUAGCAGGACCUCUCCAACCAGCACCUGUCCACAGGGCUCCCUCCCCAGGGCUGAUGGGAGUACUGGGAGGGAGAGGGAGUGCUGCGCUGGGCCGUACCAGCGCAGGGCUGCCCCUCACCCACCCACCCCCAAUGGGAGCAGCCGCCAGGGACCAGGCUGCUGUGGCAGACACAGCGCAUGAAGGAGAUGCAUUGCUGUGUCUAUCAGAGCCCACUCGCUGAGUUUGCAGGGACCAGUCUUUGUGUAGCAGUGGAGCUGAUGGAGCCCUGUGUUUGGGGGUGUCAGGCAGCUGAUUCCCCAGAUGCCCUGGGGCACAGGCUGUCCAGGGCAGGAAAGAGGGAUUAUUAUUGUUGUUAAAA